GCGUUUUGGCACUUGGCCAGUUGCAGUGCUUGCUGAGGACAAGAAAAAGGUUUUGCUAGAAGGUCCUAUUUGUAAUGGCAGUCGAGUUAUCGGAUGGCAGACUGAUCGAAAUAAGUUAUCUCGUAGAUUCCACGUCGAAAUGUCUGGAUUUGCUUUUAACAGCACCAUUCUCUGGGAUCCAAAAAAAUGGCACCGACCCAACAUCGACCUUAUCAGAUACCAGGACUCUAUCAGAGAGGGUUUCAAGGAAAGCAAAUUUGUGGAGCAAUUAGUCGAAGAUGAAAGCCAAAUGGAAGGCUUGGCAGAAAAUUGUUCCAAAGUUCUGGUCUGGAAUGUACAUUUUGAGGCCAAUGAACUUCUAUAUCCUAAUGGCUGGUUGGUUCCAAGAAAUCUGGAAGCACUGAUUCCCCUAAAACUGUAGAAGAUAAGCUAAAUCUCAAUCUCUC